ACGGUUGAAAUUACAUUUUGGAUUUGGAUUCAAUUGUCAUUGUGUUUUUGUUACUAUUAGGAAGAAGAGGUAAAGUUGAUAUUAAGAACAUUUUUGUAGUGAUCAUUGACUUGUAAAACAAAAUCACAGUGGCGUAACAUAUACUUUAAAACUCGCUUGCAAUUACAUUAUUUAGCUGCGAGUCAGUUUUCUUCAUUGAAAUGGAUGUUUUUCUUAUGAUCAGACGUAAGAAACUAACAAUUUUUACUGAUGCCAAAGACACAACAUCUGUUUUAGAACUAAAAAAGAUAAUUGAAGGUAUAUUGAAAGUGCCUCCUGCAAAUCAGCAACUGUUUAACAAAGAUAAUCAAGUAAUGGAGGAUGAAAAGGCUCUUCAAGAUUAUGGGCUGAAUUCAUCUUUAGCUAAGGCCCAGUGUCCUGCAGCUGUGGGUCUAGCUGUUAGGCUAGAAAAUGGAGAGUUUGAGCAGCUGGAAUGUACGCCAUAUUCAUCACCUCCAGAUCUACCUUACGUGAUGAAAGCUCAAGAAAGUAACGGCCAAGAGCAAUCUUCCUGAACGAUCUCUUUAAUCGUCUGUUCGUAACUAGGAUAUAAAUUUGACUGUAAAUAUAAUAUUUACUGUAUAUCGAUUUCAGAUCGUUUUGUUUCAUAGUUAAAUAGCCAACUUUAUAUUUUUGUUUAGCAUGUAAUUUUAAACAAUUCGUUAACACGUUGUACACAUUGAUUUUGCCUUUCUCUUGUACAUUUUUGUUUUUGAGCUCCAAUGAGCAGUUGUGUGAUUCUGUGUUUCACAAUAUCAAUAAAUCAGUUGUAUACAUAAAAA